AUGGCCGCGAGGCAGCCCAGAUUCAACUCGCACGUCCUCAUCGACACCACCCCUCUACCCGACGACAUCCCCAAGGUCAAGGAGAUUGGAGCCAGCUCUGCACCCCUUCUUAGCGCGUCCUACUUCAUCGGUGCCCGCUGUAAACCAUACAAUGAUGACUACAUGAUGUGCAAGACCGAGGCCAAUGGUCGGGGAGAGCUGGACUGUAUGAAGGAGGGACGGAAGGUCACUCGAUGUGCCGCUAGCGUGAUCGAGGACAUCAACAAGCAUUGCCUAGAACAGUUCCGGUCGAACUGGAAGUGUCUGGAGAACAACAACCACCAGAUGUGGAACUGCCGGGGCUCGGAAAAGAAUCUGAACACGUGUGUGUUCGAGAAUCUGAAAUUGGAGAAGACAAUACCAAACACUCCCAAGGGUGAGGAACCCGUGCAUUUGCGGAAGAAGCAGAUUUUUGCCAUGCAUUGAGAUUUGCGCAACCUGUACAUUACCAGC